UUCAUGGAGCUGUUAGGAUUAAAAUGGAGCUGCGGUGCAACCCUGGGCAGUUUGCCUGUCACAGUGGCACCAUCCAAUGCAUCCCCCUCCCCUGGCAGUGUGACGGCUGGGCAACUUGUGAGGAUGAGAGUGACGAAGCCAACUGUCCAGAAGUGACCGGGGAGGCGCGUCCUUACCAUGGGAAGGAGGCUGUGGAUCCAUGGCAGGGACGGUCCCGAGGAGGUGACCCCACGCACUUCCACACAGUGAACGUGGCGCAGCCAGUCCGCUUCAGUAGGAAGUGCCCGACAGGGUGGCAUCACUAUGAAGGCACGGCCAGCUGCUACAGGGUCUACCUGAGUGGAGAGAACUACUGGGAUGCUGCACAGACCUGCCAGCGCCUAAACGGCUCCCUUGCCACCUUCUCUACUGACCAGGAGCUUCGUUUCGUCCUGGCCCAGGAAUGGGACCAGCCCGAGCGGAGCUUUGGUUGGAAGGACCAGCGCAAGUUGUGGGUUGGCUAUCAGUAUGUCAUCACCGGUCGGAACCGUUCUCUGGAAGGUCGCUGGGAGGUAGCAUUCAAAGGCUCUUCGGAGGUGUUCCUGCCCCCAGACCCCAUCUUCGCCUCGGCCAUAUCUGAGAAUGACAACGUAUUCUGUGCACAGCUCCAAUGCUUCCACUUUCCCACCCUGCGACACCAUGACCUCCACAGCUGGCAUGCUGAGAGCUGUUAUGAGAAGUCUUCAUUUCUGUGUAAAAGAAGUCAAACGUGCGUUGACAUCAAGGACAAUGUGGUGGAUGAAGGUUUCUACUUCACCCCCAAAGGGGAUGAUCCGUGCCUGAGCUGCACCUGCCAUGGAGGGGAGCCUGAGAUGUGUGUGGCCGCCCUCUGUGAGCGGCCCCAGGCCUGCCAGCAGUACCGCAAAGACCCCAAAGAGUGCUGCAAGUUCAUGUGUCUGGACCCAGAUGGCAACAGCCUGUUUGACUCCAUGGCCAGUGGGAUGCGUCUGGUUGUCAGCUGUAUCUCCUCCUUCCUCAUCCUGUCUCUGCUGCUCUUCAUGGUUCACAGGCUGCGCCAAAGGCGCCGGGAGCGCAUUGAGUCCCUGAUUGGUGCAAACUUGCACCACUUCAACCUCGGCCGCAGGAUCCCUGGCUUUGAUUACGGCCCAGACAGGUUUGGCACGGGCCUCACGCCACUGCAUCUUUCUGACGACGGAGAAGGCGGGACUUUCCACUUCCACGACCCUCCGCCUCCCUAUACAGCUUACAAGUGCCCAGACAUCGACCAGCCCGAUGACCCACCACCACCCUACGAGGCUUCCAUCAACCCAGACAGCAUGUUCUAUGACCCUGCAGAUGAUGAUGCAUUUGAGCCCGCAGAGGCCAGCCCAUCAAUCCCAGGGGAUGGUGGCAGUGAAGGCAUGCUGCACCGGCGCCUGGAGCAGCCUUUGCCUGCUGUGGGGGCCUCUCUGGCAGACCUGGAAGAUUCCUCUGACAGCAGCAGUGCCCUGCUUGUGCCCCCCGACCCUGCCCAGAGUGGGAGUGCCCCAGCCACAGAGGCCCUACCAGGGGGCAGCCACCACAACCACAGCUCCCUCAACACCGUGGUAUAGACGGUCCAGCUCAUGCCCCAACAGGCUGGGAGCACCUGUCAGCUGUUAAAAACACUGGUCUUCGUGGGAGACUUGAAUGGCGCCUGCCUCAGCCUGGACCUGCCCACUGCCACAUACCCACCUGGCACACGUGUGUACAUAGAGACUGUGGCUGCCUCCUGCUGAGAAGAGCAAACGCCUGCACUAAGUUUCCUUGAGGGCUUCAAAACCAUGCAUAGCUUUGAGUCACUGUCUCCUCCUUUUUAAAUGACAGAAGAGUGACAAAGUUUGUUCAGACCACGUGUUUAGAAGCAGGGAACAAGAAGGUACUGUGGGCUAUGGCCAAACCCAGCAUGUCUUUGGUUGGCUUGCUCGCUGGCAGUGUGCUGUCCAGAGAUGUAUGCUGACCAGUUGCCAAGCCACAGGCAGGUGGCACAAAGGCUGCCACCAUGUGCCUCACUGGACACCCAGCAGGGCUCUCCUGGACUGUCAGCGUGGUAUAGGCAGUGAAUCUGCUUCAGGAGAUGACCUCUGAGGUUGCUGCAGUGGCUGCUCCCCACAGGCCAGGCUGUGAACACUGAGGUGACCCUGGCCUGGACUGGGCUCACCUGGGGCUCUGGUACCUGAGGUUCUGAGAGAGAGCUUGGGAGGAGGUUGCACUCUGCUCUGUUGUUCCACCUGGGCUCUGGCUGGAGGUGCAGCUCCACCCUAAGGUCCCUCCCGACAUUGCUGUGCAUGGCUCCCCAGGAGGAAGCUCUGGAGUGGGGCUGAGGCCCUGGACACUUGGCACUUGGGGUCUUCUGUCUCUCCACUCUGGAGCCCUGGGCACCCCCUCCCACAACCUCCUGUUGAAUGCCCCUGGACCCAGCCCUCCCCCCACCUUAUUUGUGCCAUAAAGGGUGGUUCCUCUGCGGGGAGUGGCUGACACCAUCCUGAGCUACAUCCAUCUCCUGAAAGUCCACAUGCACACCGCACCCUGCUGUAGCCCAGCACCAGUGGCUGCAUGUACACCUCCCCACUCCUCAGCAGCUCUGGGUGCUGGGCCUGGGGGCCUUGUGCUGAGGGACCCU